AUGUCUUCUUCCAACUCCGCAUCAGCCUCUUCUGCAUCGCAACUGGAGGAACUUGGAGAAAAGGCGUCCAACCAACCAUCAUCAUCAUCACCCGAUGUGGCCAAAAAGAAAUCAACCACUUUAAAAACCAGCAAGUUGAGUUUGAAUUACAUACCCAAAUUUUCAGUGUCCUUCAAUGAUAAAGUAGCUUUCACGUUUGGAGUAUUAUUACUUGUGAGCACCACUUUUAUAUUCGGUUAUGCUCCGAGAUGGCUGCCCUAUUGGUAUGCCCUGUGGAUGGCUCCUCUUAUGAUUUAUAGAUUUGUUGAUUUCCAUGCUCAGCAUGCUCAUUAUUUUAUGAUUGAUUUUUGUUAUAUUGGAAAUUUAGCACUCAUGAUCUAUCUCUUCUUUUAUCCAAGCAGCCCACAAUUAUUUGCAUUGACAUUUGCCAAUAAUAAUGGACCUAUUUUAUUUGCUAUUGUUUUUUGGAGAAAUUCAUUAGUUUUUCAUGAUUGGGACAAGUUGACGAGUUGCUUCAUUCACACUUUUCCUCCACUCAUUUCAUUUGCCAUUAGAUGGUUUCCAGAACAAUUUCCAGAAUACAGGACAUGCAUUGAACCAACCUGCGAGGUUAAUUGGACACACACGGUCUUACCACACCUUGGAUUUUUCUUGUUUUGGCUUGUUUCUUAUUAUUUAAAAACUGAGCUUGUGGACAAGAGGUUCCUUCAAAAGCGAACUCAUUUCAUCACCUCUUACAGAUGGAUUACUGAGAUGGACAAGAAAAGCAAAUCUUAUCAACUAGGCCAAAAAUUCAAUCCUCAAGCCAGAUUAUUCGCGUUCAUGGCGUUUCAAUUGUUCUUCCAUCUACUCACAGUGAUUCCUACCACCUUCAUGUUCAACAACAUUUACAUCAAUGCUGCCAUUCUGUUGUUUAAUUAUGUUGUUAUGGUUCAUAAUGGCAGUAAUUUCUACUUUGAAAAAUUCGUGUCUAUGGUUGCUGAAAAGAAGAAGGUCUAA